AUGAGGACUCGUCACAUCCAGGGUUUGCUGCUGCUCUUUCUCCUUGGAGCCUCCUCCACUCUGGCGCAGCAAUUGUACUGUCACAAGGGUAUAUACAUCAGUCUGGAAGAGGAUCCGAGCACAUUUAAUUGGACCACGGAGAAAGUUGAGACUUGUGACAAUGGGGCGUUGUGCCAGGAAUCCCUGAUGAUGGUUAAAUCGGGGGCCAAGACAGCACUUCUGGCCACAAAGGGAUGCAGCUCUGAAGGGAUGCCGGCAGUAACCAUCGUCCAGCAUGCCCCACCGCCCGGCAUAGUGGUGGUCUCCUACAGUAGCUACUGUGAGCACUCCUUCUGCGACAGCAGAGAGAACGUACCUGAGCUAUGGAACCCAAAUAUCAUCCCAGUUCCCAAUAUGUCAACAACCUUCCACUGUCCAACCUGUUUAGCUUUUGGGGCUUGUUUGAGUGCGCCUUCUCUUCCCUGUCCCAUUGAUACAACUCGAUGCUAUCAAGGAAAACUUCGGAUUGUUGGAGGAGACAUCAACUCAACUUUAGAGGUCAAAGGCUGUACAUCUGUACCUCGUUGUGGGCUGAUGUCUGGGAUAUUUACAAUUGGACCCAUGUGGGUAAAGGAAAUGUGUCCAUACCAAUCUCUCAUUCAACCCCGAAAGGUUGGAAAUGGGGCCACUACCUGGCUUCCCAUUUCAGUUGGGAUGUUUGGGCUAUUGCUGCUGCUUUUGCUAUAA